AACAACAAGAGCAGCUGAUGCCGCGCAUUCGAAGAGCAGGUUUCGACGCUGUCAAAUAGAGCCCCCGAGAGUUCAAGAGCACGCGACUCUAGUAGUAGGCUAGUGAGCGAUAGACGUCGAAGUGUGAAUCAGGAAAACUCGAAAGAAUGCAGUUGAAAGCGAAAGGAGUAGCGAAAGGAGACUCUUCCCUUGGGGAUAUAGCGCCAAGGAAUUCUAUACUCGAGAACCUCGACAUCGACGAGUGGCCGUGGGAAAACGUUGCUCAAGAUGAGUUGAAUGAUGAUCCGGAGAAUAGAGCUGAGGCUAUCAUCAAAUUCCGAGGCAUGAUCCAGGAGUACCAGAAAGGGAAACGAAAUUUCAAACCUCAGACCGACGAUGAAUUCCUGUUGAUGUUCCUCCGCACCCGCAAGUUCGACCUCGACAAGGCUCUGCUCUGUUUCGAGAGGUUCCACCAGAUACGACUGUGCAAGCCCGAUAUCAUAACUCCAGUUGGCAAAGGACCGAAGGACUACCCGCAUGUUUUUGACGGACCGCUGGUGUCUAUGUUGAAGCCACGCAAUCCCAUCGACGGCUGCGUCGUCGUGUUCUGGUCAUUUAGGAACUACAACACCGAUGAGGGUGACAUAUCGGACAUGCUGAACGUUUCCAUCUUCGGAGUCUUGGAAGCUCUCUCGCAUCCGUCCGUACAGACGUUCGGUGUUCGAUACGUUUUCGAUCUCACUGGGAUGGGAAUAGCUCACGUAACCAUGAUGGUUACUCGAUUCUACUAUCUGAAGGCAAUCAUGAAAGCCCAAAACGGAGUUCCAGCUCGCUUCAAAGGAAUGCAUUACAUCAACGAUCCGUACAGUCUGACUCAAUACGUCUACAGAAUUAUACGACCGGUGCUGUCGAAGAAAAUGAGGGAGCGAUUUCAUUUCCACGGGAAGAAUCUCGAGGAGCUGUUCAGUUACGUUUCUCCGGAGAUUCUUCCUGACGAAAUCGGAGGCAGCGGCGGACCCUUCAAUGCCGAUUGGUACCGGGAAGCUCUGUUUCGAGACCACGAGAUUAUCGUUGAGAAGAGUCGUUUUGGUUACGUUGCGGAGGACAACCGAUAAGUCGACCAGAAUGUCGCGGAGAUCCGUCUUCGAAUUCUCGACUGCCGGUGAUGCGAUAUUCGAGGAACGAUAUGGAAUAUCCAUCGCGGAACUUUGCGUCGAGGAGAAUCGGAUAGGCUGAAUAAAGAUCCAUCUUGGAGCGGAUUCCGGUUA